ACCCUGGACACUCUACCUACUGAGGUCAAGAAUGAGAUCUUCUCCCAUUUCCUCUUGGCUAAGAACAUCAAAUAUUCCACCAAGGGCAAGGAGCCUGGCCACAGAUAUAAGUUCAACACUUCCGUCAUGCUUGUCAACAAGACACUCAACCGAGACGCGUCUGUGUAUGUCCGAACCCACAACGAGUUCGUCCUCAUCCAUGCCAAAUGGUUUGCCUUUGAGAUCGACAAAGGCAGAUUCCUCCCUUACGUCGCUAUCGGAAAUGUGGCCAAGACCUUCAAGCAUCCCACCGUGGAAGCCACGAUCAAGCAUCAGAGCACCAAAUGCGGCUGCACCCCUGGCUCGGACUGUUCUGUCAGGCACCAGCGAGUGCCCGAGAAGGUCACCCGUGCUUUGUUGAUGGCCGAAGACCUGGACAUCUUCAUCAGACAUCUCAAACUGGCCUACCACAUCUGGCCAACCCUUCCCAUCUACAUCCACUCAGAGCCUGGUGACAGUCCUGUUGAGUGGUCAGCCAGUCCAGCCCAGACGCAUAUCGACUUUGUUUGGAAGAUCAACAUGCCAUUCCGCCAGGAUCUUACUCAGGCCGAACUCUGCGAGCGUCAGAUCAGACUGUUGGAUCCCAUCUCCAAGCUUGUCAAUCAUGGACAGAAUGUCAAGAUACUCGGUGCCGAACAUGGUCUUGUGUCCAGCACGGUCAGAGCCAUGACCCAACGCCUACUCUCGCUCGACGCUAUCGGCUGGGAUCUUUACGACCUCAUCAAGGCCGAGAAGCAGUACUUGGAUCAGAUACCCAACCAUCAAUCUGUGAGGCAACUGGAACUGAGCAACGCUUACCAGUACAUCGCCGGCCUUGGA